GAGGGAAUUGUGAUUCGAUAUGAGUUGGUUUAGCCUUGACUGCUUGUUGGGGACGGUGGGAGAUGAUAAUUAGUGUUAACAAAACAUGGAAAAGACAGACUCAAAGCCAUCAAGUGCACAAUUUAGAAAGAAGAGGAAAGAAGGAGAGGAGAAACGGGCCAAAGAUAAAGGCAUGGAGCUAUAGCAUCACUUAAUGUACACCACAUUAUGGAAUCAAAAGAGAUCAAAUAAGCUAACGUUACUUGGUGGCUAUAGACUAACUGCUGUUCAGUUGUUUUCUUGACUGAGAGUUUUAAUUGUGUAAAUGUGGAUUUAAGUUAAAUGCAGUUUAAGGGGAACUCAAGCUUGUGAAAUAAGCACCUUUCUGUAGUUGGAAAAAGUUGAAGUGUGUUGAGGUGGUGUGAAUGGAGGCUGAGAGAGAAAAAAAAAAAAAACUAGUAGUGAGAAUUUGUGUCGGCGAUGGGGGGGGGGGGCACCACGGCUUCGGUUCGCCCAGGGCGUCAUUCAAGCCGAACCGCCACUGGCACCACGACAAAGAGGUGAAAGGUCAUCUUUCUGCCCACGAUGACUCAAAGCGGGGAGGCAUUGAUGACCAGAGUGCAAUCAGACAAGGAGGAUCAGUCUAAAGUUCAUGGCUCAGAAAGACCAGCAUGCAGACACAGCAGAGGUUUCAUUCUGACGGGGAACAGCAGGACAAGAGGAGACAUUUUAAGUUUUUGUGUUUAUUUCACGACACUGAAGGCAGCGCUGCAGGAGCACAAAAGCUAAAUUCCUGGUGAGCGGAGAAGAUGGACAUCCUUGAGACACAUGCCUAUGACAGGCGGCAGAGGAGAAACAUGUCAUGUGCUCUGCUCCUCUCUCUCUCGCCGUUCUUUUGGACCUCUGCCAUGUACUUCUACCUGUGGACUCCUGACUCCCCGGCGUCCAUCCUGCUGGCGGGUGUCAAAUCAGCACCAACGCUCCUGCUGGCUGGGGCAGUGCUGAGCUGGAAAGGAGGUCAAAGUUUUGUGGCGGUAGGACUCAUCUUGUCAGCUGUGGGCGACUUCUGCCUGGUGUGGCCUGAGUUUUUUCUCCACGGAAUGGCUGCAUUCGCCGUGGCUCACCUGCUCUACUCGCUGACCUUUCUCUCACACCGAUAUAAGACAUAUUCCUCUUCCUCGUGCGCUUCCCUCUUAUAUCUCAUCCUGGUCCUGAUCGGAGGAGGUUUUUUCAUAUACCUCUAUCCAUUUCUGCAGAAGGAACCAAAUUCAGAUGUCCUAAUUCCCGCUGUGGGGGUCUACAUUGUCCUUAUCAUGCUGAUGGGGAUGUUAGCCAUGAGAACACAGCGUGCAUUUACAACAUUGGGGAGUCUGUUCUUCAUGGUGUCGGACUUUGCAUUGGCUCUGCAAGUGUUUAAGGUAAUAGCACCUGUGCAGCACGGUCAGACUGUUGUCAUGGUGACAUAUUACUUGGCACAGCUACUGAUUAGUGUGGGGGAUAUGAAGGCAGUGGAAAAGAAGAAUGACUUUGGAAAAUGGAAGCGGGCCUAACCAGUAACCUAACCUAGUUUUUUGGAGGUUUGGAGGGGGGAGGCGCAAGCGUAAGUCAACCUUAACAUCUACUACCACACACAGCCUAACUCAAUGACAGCUUGAAAUGUAAAAAAAAAAAGAAAGUUUGCUUUGUAUUUUAACAUUUACUAUUGUCGAGAAAAAAAGAUGACUCAUCAUGAUUUGGAAUAGUUGUAUUCUGUCAGUGACUUAACGUGAUAUCAAUAUUUAUGUGCGAGUUGUCCAUGUGAACUGAUCAUCACGUGUAUAAAAAUACUCCUGAGUGUUUUCUCAAUAAUAAAUAACACGCGAACAUUUACAGCAUCCAUUAGUAUCAGCUAAACAGUUCUUGGAGAAAUAAAAAUGAAAUAUAUUGAAUUUGAUUUGCGGCGCCCUGGACAAUAUUGGGGAGUAUUGUUAAAAGAAUGAUUCUGACUGUUCCACUGAAUUGUGAGUUAUUGAAUGAUAUCAACUACUUUGAUUACCUGUAAACUUUGAAACUGUGAGCGUUAAAUACAAGUAUUUACUGUAGUAGUUUCAAAGUUUGCUGGUUAGAUUUUAUAUAUCUUUUAUAGUAAGAGAGAUCAUGUCGUCCUGUAAUGUGCAUGCUGAAAAAGUGCAUGCACCUCCGAUGGACAUGUACAACGUACAUAAAUUCAUUAUAGUGGGAGGAGGUAGAUCUUUGGGACUUGGUUAUUUUAAAAGUAGCUCGCAGGCUGAAAAAGUGUGAGCACCCCUGAUUUAAACUAACAAAAACUUCCAUGCUAUAAUCCUGAUUGCAGUUGACCGUGUUACAUGUUAGAGCACCAAAAUCCGGUAGUAAACCCCAUCACAGGUCAGCGGUCCAUUCCAUGAUCGUCUGACUGGCGUCCACGGAAACAAGCCAUCCUGAGGCGCUCGCAGAAUUCCAGUUCUUCCUGUUGUUGACAAAACAGGAACUACAGGUCAGGUUAGUGGUUAUUAAUGUAAAAUUCCUUCAAAUCCAAGCUUUACAACAAAGGCGCUCUCCAAACGAGCCUCUCGUCACCACCAAAAAAAAUAAAAAAUUUUAAUUAUAUUCAUUCUCACAACGUAUUUUUGGAUAACAAAACUACUACCUGACUAUUUUGUGCAAAGCCAAGGCAGAGAAAGGCAUGGGGGUUUGGCUAUGGGCAAGGGAAGACCCUUUAAAUUAGAGGAGAUAACAGAUCUUUGUUGUUAUAACUUUCCUGAACUUUGCAAUGCGUAACACAUGAAUCCUAAUAACAGGCAAAUGCAUUCAGAUGAGUAUGAAGGAGCAUCAUUUGGUACUGAUGCAAAUUGUUCCGCCUCUCGGCUUCUGUGACACACCUGACUUUCAUCUUUCCCAUGGAGCUCCGUGGCUCGCAGUAGCAGUAACUCUUCCAGAUUGAGAGAUGGAUCACUGCAGUCUUUUAGCCCCUUCUCACAGUCUUCCACCAGGCUGGGAGGCGUGGCACAUGACAAAGACGUGCAGUGUUACUCAGCCAUGAUCAAUGUCCAUCCAUUAUUUACCCUGCUAGUCCUGCUCCUGCUAUUGCAGCUCACUUAGCAUGAAAAACAUUUCAAACACUGGAUCGCUAUGUGAACCAACUACAAAUCCAAUUGCCCUGUCGCCGAUGUCAGUUGAUGUUCCUACCAACAAAGGCUGCCAAGCACAAGUUCAUGAAACGGUACUGUGUGUGGAGUGCGGAGCAUGGAGACCAGCUGCUGCACCAUCCCCAUAGAGAUCACUGUGUCUGCAGGAUGUUUGAAAGAGAAAGGAUUUGAUGUGAGAAGGUUAAGAAGAAGGAACGCCGACUUAGUCUGGAGCUUCUCGUCUUCAGACUGCAUGCCUCUCAUCAGCACUGAGAAGCCGUCAUGAGACAGAAACGCCUCCAGUCCCGCCUCCUGCUCUCGGACCAGACCUGCAUUCACAACACAACUGAUGAUGCUAACAUAACCUGGUUUGCAUGCCUCAUAAUGAGCAUUGGUGUUUCUGUGACAUACAUGAGACUGCAUAAAGGGCUUUCACUCUCACUGUGGGGUGGGGGUCCGAGUCUGUCAGCUGUAGAAGUUUUGGCAAAGCACCGAUCUUUAGCAAGUGGACCUGCACUUGCGGCAUGUUCUGAGCACAGGAAGCAAUGAGCUGGGCAGCGCGCCACCUCAACCCACUUUGGGCGUGACACAAAUAUUUGGUGACGCACACGUCCAGCCCCCCCAGAACCAUCAGAUCUGUAACAAAUGUGUCUAUUCCUUUAUAACAGUCACACAAGUCAUUUCUAUGUGGAUGAUGAUUACAUGGUCGUACCGACCUCUGGCGUUAUCAAGAUUCUCGCACAAAUCUGACAGCAACUCAAAGGCUGAUUCACGCUUAUCACCAUCAUCCCUAUCUUCCUCUCCGUUCACAUCCUCCUUGUUUAGGACUGUCAAACACUGCUUCAUCUGCUCCACUUCAUCCAUCUGACCUUUGAAGACCUCUGCAAGAGCCUCCCUUAGCAUUGAACUCCUCUGAAAGACAGACUAUUACAGUUGAUGACAAAGAUGAGCCAUUCACCAGCCUGAAGUCAAGAGCACUCUGGAGGCAUGAAAACAUCGCCACUGGAUGAUGCUGCCACCACCAUGCUUCACUGUAGGGAUGCUGUUGGUCAGGUGAUGAGCGGCGCCUGGCUUCCUCAAGUAUGACACCUGGUUUUCAUUGUCUGAAGUCCUUCAGGUGCCUUUAAGAAAGGCUUCCGACUGGCCACUCUACCACACAGGCCUGAUUGGUGUCGUAAUGCAGGGAUGGUUGUCCUUCUGAAAGGUUCUCUUCUCUCCACAGAGGAACGCUGGCGUUCUGUCAAAGUGACCAUCAGGUUCUUGGCCACCUCCCUGACUAAGGCCCAUCUCCCCUGAUCACUCAGUUUAGAUGGCCAGCCAGAAUCCUGGUGGUUCUGAGCUUCUUCCAUUUUCGGUUUAUGGGGCCCACGUUGCUCAUUGGGACCUUUAAAGCAGCGGAACUUUUUCUGUACCCUUCCCCAAAUUUGUGCCUGGAGACAAUCUCUUUGGCUUCAUGCCUAGCGAGCCUUUCCAAAUCAUGUCCAAUCAACCGAUUAUCCCACAGAUGGACGCCAAUGAAGCUGAAGAAACAUCUCAAGGAUGAUCAGCGGAAACAUGAUGCACCAGAGCUCAAUUUUCAGCUUCACAGCAAAAUGCUUAAACGUAGGUCAGAAACACCCAGUGGGCGUGCGUGUGACAUGCAAAGGUUCUCUGUCAUGCCAAACAAACUCUACAGGCGCUGGCUUUUUUCAGGUUGCAAGACAAACUAACGCACUUUGUAUGUAAUUGCUUCAAUAACACGAACACAUACACGUGAUUAACGCAACAAUAACAGUGGCCGUUAGAAUGAUCAAAUGGGAAAUAUACACACUCUACAUUGCUUUAUACAUGUACUUUAUGUGUGCAGUAUGUGCACUUCCGAAAUCCACAAUUAACCUACCUCGUGUGAAAUGGGUUCAGCCGGAGCGGGUCCAUCUGCACCGGAACCAGCAACGAUUGCCAACUGUAAUACCCCCUGAAGAUUCGGAGGAUAUCUCCUACUUUGUCUGCCUUCUGCCAUGUUGACUGGAGACGCUUUGAAUGCAAGUAACCGCGGGUAGGGCCACACGUGAACAUACACGUGCACGUCACUAUUCAAAACACUGGUAGAACUUCCUGCCGGCUAUAUUCGAUUACAUUUAAAUGCACAACUUACCUUUAAAAGGGAAUACACAUUCUCUUUCUGAUGGUCCCACAUGUUGAACACAGCAAGUAGGGUGGGCUGAACGAUCCAAAUAUCGAUAGUACAGAUAUCAAAAGAUACCAGCGUGAUCAGUUGUCUGCUUAUUUUCACAUGGGAAUAAUUUUGUUGACAUAUUGUUGUAUUAAAUACUAUAUUGUUAUUGUAUUAAAUAUGGCUCACAACUAAGUUUGUUUCAAAAAAAUAUUUUGUUUGCUUCAAAUCUUAAAAAUGUCCUGUUUUAUUCUGAUUCUAAUCAUGAUCAACAAAUGGAUUGCUCUUGUAUGAGAUUUUAUUUGAUUCUGCAGCUGUACCAAAUGUUUGACAUAUUUACAGUAUAUCACUGAUAGUUUCAUGAGUUGCCUAUGUGAACCGAUCAUGUAUAAAACCAUUGUGUUUUCUUAAUAAAUAACAAGAAAAUUGACAACGUCCA